GGUUAAAUGGCAGUGCUUAUUGUUAAGUACUAAUAAUCUUGUCUUCCUAUGACCUAGCAGUCUGUGUGUGUGUGUGUGUGUGUGUUGUCACUGUUUUGGUUAAACUUGGCUUUGUAGGAAGUGUAGGAAGCACUCUGGCACAGCCCUAGGGUGCGCAGCUGAGACCAGGCCAGCAGGUCCUCCCUGCAGCAGAGGAGGGCGGCAUCUCCGUGGACGCCUCCGUGGGGGCUGGCCGGGCAGUACUGACAGGCGGGUUCUGAGCCAGAUGAAAUGCAGUCUGUUUGUCAGUCAAGCUCCAUUUCCCCUCAGCUCUCAUGGCCGAUCACUAUCUGUAGGUCCCCAGCCUCAGGUCCUCCCCUGGGCAGAGGGCAUUCUGUCGUCAAAGCCCGUCCUGGGUGGACAGGACACUGCUCCUGGCUGCUCAGGACUGGCCCCGGUCCCCUGGCAUCAGGGCCAGAAGCAGCAUCAAAGCAGGGAUUGGCCAACUCCCACCCCAAAUGCCCAGCAGGCCAGGCUCAGGAGCACUGGGGGCGUGACAAAGCUCAGCCCGUCUCCAGCCUGUGUUCCCGGCCAGUCUGCCUCAGGCCUCCGCACCAUGACGGGCCCAUCAUUCAGCCUCGCACAUCUGCUCACCAUUUCAGGACUGCUCUGUUACUCAGCUUGCUGCUGGGCCCUUCCUGGCCUGGAUCAGAAGAAGCGUAGCAGCCACAAGACAUGUUGCCUCCUGACACCCCCUCCACCCCCUCUCUUCCCACCACCAUUCUUCAGAAGAGGCCACAGUCUGCUUCUCUCCCCAGACGUGAAGAAUCUCCUCCUAGAACUCGAGACCUCACAGUCCCCAUGCCUGCAAAGCUCACUCGGCUCCCCUGGGCCCCCCGGCCCCCAGGGUCCACCAGGGCUUCCUGGCAAGAUAGGACCAAAGGGAGAAAAGGGAGAACUUGGCCGGCCAGGAAGGAAGGGUAGACCUGGCCCCCCAGGUGUUCCGGGCAUGCCUGGGCCCAUUGGCUGGCCAGGCCCUGAAGGACCCAGGGGUGAAAAAGGUGACCUGGGUAUGAUGGGCUUGCCAGGGUCAAGAGGACCAGUGGGCUCCAAGGGCUACCCCGGAUCCAAAGGAGAAAAGGGAUCCAGAGGUGAAAAGGGGGACUUGGGUCCCAAAGGAGAAAAGGGUUUCCCAGGAUUUCCUGGAAUGUUGGGGCAGAAAGGUGAAAUGGGUCCAAAGGGUGAGCCUGGGAUAGGAGGACACCGAGGACCCACAGGAAGACCAGGAAAACGAGGGAAGCAGGGACAGAAGGGAGAUAGUGGAGUUGUGGGCCCACCUGGCAAGCCUGGGCCUUCUGGCCAUCCAGGCCCUCCGGGCCCCCCGGGCCCCCCAUCUGCAGGACAGCUUGUAAUGGGACUCAAAGGGGAAAGAGGAUUUCCUGGGCCUCCAGGAAGAUGUCUCUGUGGACCCCCUAUGAAUGUGAAUAACCCUUCCUACGGCGAAUCCAUGUAUGGGCCCGGUUCCCCAAGAGUUCCUGUGAUUUUUGUCGUCAAUAACCAGGAGGAGCUUGAGAGGCUGAACACCCAAAACGCCAUUGCCUUCCGCAGAGACCAGAGAUCUUUGUACUUCAAGGACAGUCUUGGUUGGCUCCCAAUCCAGUUGACCCCUUUCUACCCUGUGGAUGACACCAUAGACCAGCGUGGCACCUGUGGGGAUGGGGUCCUGCAGCCUGGGGAGGAGUGUGACGAUGGUAACCGCGAUGCGGGUGACGACUGUAUCGGCUGUCGUCGGGCCUACUGUGGAGACGGUCACCGGCAUGCGGGCGUGGAGGACUGUGACGGCUCGGACUUUGGCUCCCUGACGUGCAAGACCUAUCUACCUGGGUCCUAUGGAGACCUGCGGUGCACCCAGUACUGCUACAUUGACUCCACACCCUGCCGCUACUUCACAUGAAGAUGUAAGGAGCAGGUAGUGUAACUGGCAGCCAUUUCCCACCCUCAUCAAGCUGGCCUUGCAUUUUCCUGGGCCAGUGUCCAUCCACCAACCUUUGUGUGACAAAAAAUGAGGACAAGUUCUUGCUGCUAAAACGUGCUUUCAACAGUCUGACUGGAAGAAGUUAGGACCACUCUAUCCUGUGUUAAUCCAAAGUACCAGAAGACCUUCUGCAUACCCACCCUGGGAAUUAACUGUUCCCUACCUACCAUCUGGCCAAAUGUCCUUUUCUUCAGGAAUGUCACUCGCACAGGCUGUGGACUGGCUUUACACUGUUACAUACACAUCCUGAGGGCUGUUUUCAUUUGCUCCAAUCUCACCGGUAAGUCUGGGGUACAGACUUCUCUGUCCAAGGAACCUCCAGACACAGCCAUUCUCACCAGAGCAGCCUGCUGUCAGGGCUCUCCAGGCCUGAAGACCACACAGCAGGGAAGUGGACACAUUCUUCAGCACAGCUUACAGCUCUGGACCUUCUGAGGGACUUCAACUGACCAGAGCCCUGCCAAGCCUCAAGUGGAUAUUGCUCCCCCAGGAAGAGACCCAACUGUGAAAAAGUACUGAGAAAGCCUCAAGACCCAGGCUCAGCCAGGUAGAGGGUGGAGGCACUGCUGGCUUGCAUGCUGUGUGAACAAUGACAGAGCAGUGGCCUCUCUCCUUUGAUACUUGCCAAAGGGGCAACUCUUGCAGUUUCCAAAACCCUGGCACCAUCUUGACUUUGUAGCUGUCUGUGCACUUUGACCUCUGUCUGGCAAGGUCAAAGUCUCACUUUAACCUCAUGCCCACUUCCUGUUCUGGGGACUCACUCCACAACCCCACUGGGCAUGGGUGUCUCCUUGUCCUUAGGGAGAUACCAUUCUGGUUUUCCCUGUUUAGGGCCCCACUGCUGAUUAUAUUCUCACAGAGAGUAUAUUCUCGCAGAGACGUUUCUGUCCUGAGCCCCCAUCUCCUUGCUACUUGCUGACUCCUGCAAGCACCCUGUGACCGGGGCCCCGUCUUUUGUCUGUGUCUUUCACAUCCUUGUCCUCAUAGCUGUGUGCCUGAGCUCUUCCCGUUCCUACUGAAUCAUUAGUCUUGCAUGUCUGAGCUGCCUUUCAUCAUUACCUUUCCUGACUGGGGCUUGGCUUUAUUAUGGAAUGGCAUCUCCAGGAUUUUCCCACUAGUUACCAGAUGGGGGAUCUCUACCCCCAACUUCUGGCUUUGUACAAAGCCAUUCAGUGACCCUGAUUCUUGGGGACUCAGCAGGCAGAAGCUUGUGGUGCAGUAGCCCAUCUAGGGUGACCUGCAGGUGCACCUUGUCCCCCAGAGGUCACAUCAGCCUAAAGGUGGUGUCAUGAGAGGCAGGUCCAGUAGUUCCCUUGGCCUCUAGGCAGCAUCCUGGGGAGAUGAUGCUUCCAUCCACUUUCACCACUGUGCCGGGACUUCUGGAUGGGAAAUCAAGAAAAUAAAGGCAGUUCCUCUCUGUGGCUCUCUUCUUUGGGGACUUGGGGCCAGUAUUUCAUUGUUGCUGGACAGAGAGAGGAGCCUGAAUUCAUUUCUGCUUCCUAGAUUCUGCAGAGAAGCUUCUGGAAUGUGAAAGCAUUCCCCCUCCUUUGGGAACAAAGGAAGGAAGGGAAAUCAAGAGAGAUACUUUCCCAACACUGAAAAGCCCAGUCCUGCUAGCCCAGUCCUUCCUCUAACCUGGCGUUAAGACCUUGUUUAGGGUGGGAUGGAGAUCUCUUAGUACUCUUAGACAUGGCCAGGAGGAAGCACACACCUUGGGGGGCAGCACUCUGGUCCUCCUUGUGCCUGACCCUCCCCAAGGCUGAGGAGUCUGUGGGGCCAAGGUGAAAUGCCGCUGGACUUGCACACCUGUCUCUUAGAGCAUAUUUCCAGGUCCCCAGGAAACCAGUUCCCUAGCCACAUGUCCUGAGCCUGUUUCCAAGGCCCACACAACCCUCUUCCCCAUGUCUGUCCUCAUGGGUAUAACCUGUAUUCACCUCCGAGCCUGAGGGGAGCCAGGGAAAAGCUGUCUGUAAGGGUUACAGAAGGAGCUUGGAUGUGCCAUAGACACACCCGAGGCCCCUCCCUGUGUGGGAUGAGUCCAAGGGUUAAAAAAGAAAUGGGUCUGCAGGUGCAGGGCUUCGUGGGAUCUACACAAGGCCUUACAUAGGCCUGGCCUUGUGGUCUGUGUGAAAGUGUAUUUGCUGAGAUAAGCAAAUAGAUCAUAUUCAAAUAAUAGUUUGUUAAUGGGACUCUAACUUAAAUAGGCAUUUGGAAGGUGAGUGUCUGUCUGUGAUCUUCCCUGGACCCCACAAUGUCGAAGGCAGGCCUGGCCCUUAGCCUAGGACAUGAAAGGAUUCCAAGUUACAUGCUUAGAGAAUAUACAUGAUAAUAGCAGCUCUGCCCCAUUAGCACUUUGAAAUGGAGAAGUGAGAGGUCAGGGUGAACAGGUGGCACCCCCACCCCACCUUCCUUGAAACAGAAGUGGGCACAGUCCACUGCCUGGACUAGGCAGCCCUGGAAUAGAUAUCCAGGUGCUCACCUGUGCCAGGGAACUGUUUCCUGAGACAGCGUUGGGCCAGUUGAAAGAGGAGGUGUUGUACUGUAAAGGGCAGAAUGUCUUAACUGGGAACGCAGGUACCUGAGUUCCUUCAUGGCUUAUCCCUUCUCGGCGCUGAAAGAGACUUGAUGCAAGGGCUGGACAUUUGCCCCACUCUAAGAGCUCGUGAGUGAGCCCUGCCCGCUGGCUCUGGCAGAGUUCCUUAGGAAGUGGUGAGUUUCCUGAGGCGAUUCAUAAGGAGUGGUGGAGAAUAGGACAGGGUUGCAGAGAUGCAGUUAGUUACCCAUGAGGCUGUGCCAGUCUAGAUACCACCAUGGGGUGAUUUGUGUUGGCUCAGAAUUUUAAAGUCCAGUCGUGGACAGAGGUCAGGCAUGGUUCAAGCAGGGCCCCACUUCAUUGCUCUUCUGUCAGGUCUGUUUUCAUCUCUUCCUGUUAGUUUGAUCCUUAGGGUGGUCAUGAGCUGACCGAUGCAGUUUCAAGCUUAUAUCUGUUACCCCUAACUUCAGUGUCCAGAGGAAGAGAGAGUAUCUAUUCCACUGGCUCUCAAGAAAUUAUUUUCCAGAAGCUCCCCCAUGAAUCUUGCCUUGAGGCUCCUUGGCUCCUUUUUGAUCCCUUGUCUGUUCCAGAAUUGGCAGGAGAAUGGUAUCUAUUGAUUGAAUAGAAGCUGGUUAUAAAGUGACUCCCUGCCUAUCUCCUGGGGACUCUCCGAAGUGCAGAGGCUGUGUAGGGAAGGAGAGGCUGCUGGACUGAGCGUCGAGGAGGAGGAAUGUGGAAAUGCGUGCUCGGUGUACGUGAUACAUGAUAUCCAUUACAGUGACUGCCUCUCUGGCUUUGCUGCCUUUUGGCAGAAGUAGGUGCUGAGCAACUUGGGGUAAACAUCUGAGAAGACUGGUCACCUCAGAAAGUUCUUGAUUCUGAAGGUCCACUCAGAGAAGCUGAUUUUCACAGUGUUCUGUAGGUCAAGACAGAUACAGUAUAGUUUGUGAGAAAAGCAGAAUAUGGUAUUGUAUUCCCACUUCUGGAUUUGAAGCUUGGCUCUCUUAGUAACUCACUGUUUAAUUUAAUUUACUUAAAUUCUCUGGUUCUCUGCUUUCUCACCUGUAAACUGUGAAUAAUGUUACCUUAUCCUGAGUUUGUAGUGAAUUGUAGUGAUACUAUGGUUAAUAGGAUGUGCUGAAUUUUAUGAAUCAUUGUCACUAUGUAGUAGCUCAGCCAAAUCAGUCACUUCUUUGGAGAACCAGGUUCUUUCCCCUUUGAGGAUGGUGACAUGAGCUCGCUUUUGACAGUAGUUUGCGCCACAAUCCUUUUGCAUAGAAGUCACAAGGAGCAGUGGCCCUCACACCUUCUACGCAUUUGCCUAUUUGAUGCCUGUCAUCGGAGAGGAACAUGCCCCCAGACCAACCUGUAGUAAGUAAGGAGGCCAAAUACCACAGGAACAGUGGACAUCUCAUCAAGCCAAGCAGGCCAGGACAGCAUUGAGGUUUGGGAAAGGAUGGAGUUUAGGGACCAUGUGAACGCAACAGUGAUGCAGUAGUCUCAAAGACAUGAGGAGUGGGGCUGACAUCAGACCCAGGAUCUGACUUCUUAGCGACUUGCAGACGUAGAACAUUGUGCCUACAAAUCCCUAUCAAAGGUUCCUCAUCCAGGCUGGAGAUUGAAACUACUCUGUGUCAAAGUGGCUCAUGAGGCUCAGAUCGUCCAGGCAAGAAUAGAAUUUUUCAUUUUUACUCAUAGGGUUUCAAACUGCAAAGUUUUAACAGCCGGUGGUUUUAGUCACAAAUGUUUGCAGUGAUUUUUUUUUCAGGUGUUAAGAAUAAAAAUGUGAGGCUGAGGUGUCACCGGGGAGGAAACACUAGUUAAAAGAGUGAUUAUGAUAGUUUACAACUGCAGUGAAAACCUCAAGGACUUAGGGCUGACUGACUUUCUCAGUCUGGGCCAAUUUUUAGUGCUUUCAUUACUGAACUGGUUUUGAUACUUUCACCAGUCACAGAAGCCCAAGCUCUGCUCAGCUGACACCCAGGGACCCAGAAGAGUGCUGAGAUUGUCUUGGCCACCCCAGGACUCUUCACUACCCACCUACAAAGUUACAUGACAAAUGUGUAAGUAAGGUGUUCGCGGGAAGCUUGGUACCUAAUCCUUGGGAACCAUUGUCUGAGAAGGUGAUAGGACAGAGUUUCUCAAUUGUUUCCUGGGACAAACAGUUCAUCCAUCACUCUCAUAUGGAGAGCACAUUGGGCCAAAUGGCUAGAGUGUCUCCAAAACUCACUGGGAUUAAUGAGCCUACUUCUUACUUCUGCCCCAGUGACAGGAAUUGUCUGGCCUCAUCCCUCCCCCAUAGUGGAGUGAGCCAAUUUAAACUUUCAGAAAAAUUCCCUUCUUCCCUUUGUGCGGAAACGAUCAGCUUCUAGGUCUUCACCUGGCAGUUCACCAAAGCGAUUGCUGCAUUGAGCCCACCAUUGCCACUUGGGUCUUAAGGUUCCAAGAGCAUGGUUUAUUCUCCUGCAUCUUCUUUUGUAACCAUUCGGAGAGUUUCAAGUCACAUAAGAGUGAUGGAAUAAGCCCCCCACUACCACCACCUCCUCCAACUCCACUUGAGAAAUGAAGGUCACGUUACCUUUCAUCUGAGGGGCUUUCUUUCUGGGGUCCACCCUGACUUCAGUAUCAGACAACACUCCAAAAACACAAUCUUAUUCUUUUUUUGGUACCAGGGAUUGAACUUGGGUCCUUGCACUUGCGAGGCAGGCAGAGGAACCACUGAGCCAAAUCCCCAGCCCAAACAUAAUCUUAUUCAAACAAUAAGUUAGCUAUUUCUCCUGCCGCUGCCCCCACCACUCCCUUUAUAAAAAUGAAAGGGGGCCACAUAUGGUACUAUUUUCCCACAGAAACACUAGUUUCUCAAGACAAUUUCAGUUGGAGUUAUUUUGGUCCCUGUCAUUUCUUCUAGGAUUUAAUCUUUGGUGUUCCAUAAAUAGUACCAUACUCCACCACCCUGCCCCAGGCUGUUUCCAGUCCUUCCUCACCUGGAAUAUGAUGAAGGCAGUCAUCACAGUAGGUCAUCACUUGAGGCUCAUAAAGAGGGACCAUUCUAUCCUGGGGCAAUGGUUCUCAAGCUUUAGGGUUAAUCAGAAUCACCUGGAGAGCUUGUCCUCUGGCCUUCACCCCUUCACCCCAGAGCUUUUUUUUUUUUCAUUUGCUCAGAAAUGGAGCCUAGCAAUUUGUAUUUCUAACAGAUUCCCCAAAAAUCCUGAUAUUGCUGAAUCCAGGACCACAUUUUAAGAGCCACUGCUACCGGGGAGAUGGCUCAUCUGAGAAUAAUGGCAAAUUUGAUAGAACGUAAGUGGGCCUUUGGGUGGCUUGUGAUAGCCUUCCAUUAAAGCAAUGGAAUAUAUCCUUUGAUCCCUUGAAUCUAGGUAGGCUUUUGAUACAUUUAGCCAAUAGAAUAUUGUGGAUGUGAUUCCUGGUAUGUGGCUUCCCGGGCUAUGUCAUAACAGGCAAUGCAGCUUCUUAGAACAGUCAUUCUAGAGAAGACAGCCAUUGCAGGAGAAGACCAACAACACUGAGACCACCCAGCCAGAGAGGCUGUGUCCAUCAGCCCUGUGGUUGAUGGUCCCCAGACGAGCCUAUUUCUAACCAUCCACGCACAGGUGCUAACUUGCACCCUUCAGUUUAGCAUAUCUGCCAGCUGAGUGCCAGAGUAGCUUCAGUUAAAACCUGAAGGAGCAUUUGUCUCUCCAAGUUUGGUCCCAAUUCCUAACCAACAGAUUCCAUGAGACAAAAUGGUUGUUUUGACCAGCUAAAUUUUGGAGUAGCUAAUUACUCUGCAAUAGAUAACUGCUUAUAGAAAUGGGGGGGGGGCCAAACUUCUGCCCAAGCUAAGUGCAAGGAAGGGUCAAGCCAAGAGAAGCUCUAUUGGCUUACAUUUGGCGCCCUCUGCAGGAGCCAGGAGUAGAAAUCUGUCUUUCUAACCUACUAGGCAGCAAAAAAUGCCAGAACUGCAAGUGACCUAGAGAUCUUACUGCCCAGCCUUCUCCACUACGGAGGAGAAACAGGGUGUGAUAUAGCAGAUUGAUUGCAUCAACAGCCUCAAUUCUUCCCACCUCCUGAUGUUCACACCCUUUCCAAAGUAAACUUGGAACUUAUGCCAUCAGUAGUUGAAGUGCCUUUCCCUACUCCUUAGUUCUGAGCUUGGGUCUGUAACUUGCUUUAGCCAGUGACAUGUUAACAAUUGUGACAGAAGCACUUGGUGUUUCUUCUCUCUCCUCUGCCUUUGCCAUGACAACAUACCUGGACUGGACUCCUGGAGGAUAAGACACGGAGCAAGGGCUGAGCUGUUCUAGUCGUGCUGGCCAGCACUGUCCCAGAUCAGCUAACCUCCAACUGCUAGUCAUACCAGAAUUUAGCUAAACCUAGUCUAAGUUGCCGCUCUGCAGAUCUAUGAGCAAAAUAAAUGUUUCUUGUUUUCAGCCAUUGAGGUUUCUUACAAACCAGAAUAGUGGCAAUGGUUAAUUGAAGAUAAAACUCCUUUAGAUGAUGAAUGUACAUCACCACUUUCCUACUGAGAUGUUUCAGGCCUCGCUAUUUCUACCUGAGAGCAUGGGUACCAUUUGCAGAAGGGGCAGAAGGUUCCUGUAAUUUUACUCAGUCUAAAUUUAUUGAGUACCCAUUAGAGGUGCCAUAGAGAAUUAAAAGGAUUAUGGGCACUUGUCCACAGCCCAGCAGGGAUCCAAUGCAUACAUUAUGUAAUGUUUAAAUCAGGUUAAACAUAUUUAUCACCUCAAUAGUUAUCAUUUCUCUGUGGUGGAAACGUUCCAAACCCUUUCUUCUGUCUUUUUGAAGUAUGUGCGUAACUGUUACUGAUAUCCAUAGCGGCUGUAUUAACUCACAUCCCUGUGAGCAUUGGGCAGGGGCUCCCUUUUCUCCAUAUCCUUUCCAACAUUUGUUUUUGUUUUGGUUUUUUUGCAGUUACCAGGUUAAA